GACGGCGCGGGCGGGCCGGGCCUGCGCCCCCUCCGGCGGCCGCCGCGGCGCGGGAGGCGGAGCCCGAGCCCGAGCCCGAGCCGUGCCCGCGUCGGUGCGGGGCGCGUCAGCCCGCCAGGUCCGCGUCGGCGCGGGCGGCGCCUCCUCUGCAGGUAAAUGGAAGAGCUGGAAAGCAGUUUACUUCAGACACGGAAAGCGCACCGAAUCGAACAGAUGGUGGCGAGAUGGCUUCGGCGUUCCCGGGACAGCUCAGCCAGGGCUAAGGUUGCUGCAGCGGAUGGGCCUCCCGGGAUCCCAGCCCAGACUCUUGCUCCUGUGAAACACACAGUGAAAAUAGACAAAGAUGCUCUCCUCCAGGACUACGGAUUCCACAUUUCUGAGAGCCUUCCCCUCACAGUGCUGGCUGUCACUGCAGGAGGCUCCGCUCAUGGCAAGCUUUUCCCUGGGGACCAGAUCCUGCAGAUGAAUGAUGAGCCUGCUGAAGACCUUUCCUAUGAGCGAGCCGUCCAUAUCCUGAGGGAAGCAGAAGAUUCUCUCUCAAUCACGGUUGUUCGCUGCACGUCGGAGGAUUAUAGGAGACCUUAUCAAAUACUUUGCAAGAAUGAAGGAAUGCUACUAUGUCCUCAGGACCCUGGCCUACCAGUGUGGAAUCCUAUCUUCAAAGGAAAAAUGAACUUGGUUGACUCUGAAUUGUUCUUGGGAAUCCCUAAGUCAUCCUUCCUGACAGAGGAGAAGAGAGCCAGGCUGAAGACCAAUCCUGUGAAGGUCCACUUUGCUGAGGAAGUGCUUGUCAGCGGACACAGCCAGGGUAAUUCUCUGCUGUGUAUGCCCAACGUGCUCAAGCUGUACCUGGAGAAUGGACAGACCAAAGCUUUUAAGUUUGAGGCGAACACGACAGUGAAGGACAUCAUCCUCACCGUGAAGGAGAAGCUCUCCAUCCGCAGCACCGACUACUUCGCGCUGGCGCUGGAGGAGCAGUACAACAUCUCCCGCCUGCACCUGCUGCACGAGGAAGAGCUCAUCCAGCAGGUGGUGGAAAGGGAGGAGUCACAUGACUACCGUUGCCUCUUCAGGGUGUGCUUUGUUCCCAAGGACCCGCUGGACCUCCUGAAGGAAGACCCCGUGGCCUUUGAAUACCUCUACCUGCAGAGCUGCAGCGACGUCCUCCAGGAGCGCUUUGCUGUGGAAAUGAAAUGCAGCUCUGCCCUCCGCCUGGCAGCCCUGCACAUCCAGGAGCGGAUCUACGCGUGCGCCCAGCCCCAGAAGAUCUCUCUGAAGUACAUCGAGAAAGACUGGGGAAUAGAGAACUUUAUAUCUCCAACUUUACUCCGAAACAUGAAGGGUAAAGACAUCAAGAAAGCCAUCAGCUUUCACAUGAAGAGGAACCAGAAUCUCUUGGAACCCCGACAGAAGCAACUGAUUUCUGCUGCCCAGCUACGUUUAAACUACUUACAGAUCCUUGGGGAACUCAAGACGUAUGGUGGUAAAAUCUUCAAUGCUACUUUAAUGUUACAGGAUAGAGAGUCUUACAUCGCCCUUCUAGUUGGAGCCAAGUAUGGGAUUAGUCAAAUUAUCAAUAGCAAACUCAACAUCAUGUCCACGCUGGCGGAGUUUGCAAGCAUCAGCCGUGUGGAGCUGACAGAGGAGUCGGAGAAAGUGAGCAUGGUCAAAGUGUAUCUCCAAGACAUCAAGGUUCUCUCAUUGCUGCUGGAGUGCAACAGUGCAAAGGACCUGGCCUGCCUGAUUGCCGGCUACUACAGGCUGUUUGUUGACCCAGUCACCCCCAUUUUCCUCUGGCCUGGAAGCAAACAACAAGGGCACCGGGUAUCCGCUGAAGAAGGCUACGAGUCUCGGGCGUGCAGUGACUCGGAGGAGUCCUCGGAACUGGACUGUGUGCUGGACGCUCUCUCUGACCGGCGCCUGCUGAAGCCGGGCCGGUGCAGAACGCUGUCACCCGCUGGGGACAGCGCCGUGUCCGACGGGGCCAGGAGACGGCCGAGCACAGCGGCCAACAGCACCACCGACAGCGCCGAGUCCGAGGCGUCCGACUCAGCCAACACCGAGAGCCGCGGCUGCCGGACCAGCGGCUCCAGCGAGUCCAUGGACGCCCUGGAGGAGGACGACCUGGAUGCCUGCUCCUCCAGCCGCUCCGGCUUCUUCCACUUCAGCUCCAGGGGCUUCCCCGACCCCUCGGGUCCCCAGGGCCCAGAGGAGCAGAACCAGCUGGACACCAGCGGCUUCCUCUGCCUCCUGGACCUGACCCAGAGGACCAGCCCCCAGCGCUCCCGGCGGGAGCUGCCCGAGGGCUCCUCCCCCGAGAUGUUCGGCUGGGGCGCGGAGCUCAGCGUGGUCCGGCUGGACCCCCAGCUGUACGAGGGCAGCCGGAGCGACUACUACAGCCUGUGCUCCAGCGUCUCUCCGGCCAGCCACCUGAGCGACAGCUCGGACAGCACGGCGUCCCGCCAGGGCCCCGGGCCCCCCGCCUGGGCUCAGCAGGGCUGGGCGGAGGCCCGGCCCCGGUCCACACUGGGAGCCCUGGCCCCACACCUGCCGCUGGCCUUUGAGGAUGGCAGCUCGGACGAGGAGUAUUACGAUGCCGCCGACAAGCUCACCCCGCCCGACCCCCUCUCAGGGCCCAGCGCUGUUUCUGCCGCCGAGCCCAGCACCGCCGGCUUGCAGCGGAAGGUCUGCCCCGAGGAGAGCCUGAAGCCUGGGCCGGACGGGAGGGAGCCCAGCCGAAGGGGCGUGGGGAAGAAGUACGCCAAGAGCCUGAGAAAAAGAAGGUCUUUCCUGCAGACGGAUUAUACCUGCCAGGUUUCAUUCCCCCUGAUGCCCUCCGUGUCCCUGGAGACGGUGGACGACGUCUGCUACUACGAGCGGGAGCCCUACCUGGCCCUGGGCACGCCCUCCCCGACCGUGUCCUCUCUGCAGGACAUGCACGGGGAGCCGGGUCUCCUGGAGACCAAGGCGCUGGGGCUGCUGGCCCCCCUGAGGGGGGCCGAGCACAAAAACCCCGCCUCCCGGGCCAUGGAGAUGGAGCCCGAGACCAUGGAGACCAAGUCGGUCGUGGACUCUCGGGUAUCUUCCAUCUCAGCCAUUCGCCUCCGGAUUGACCCCAGCCAGAAGGAGAAGGAGGCGGCGGCCCCUCUGGCCGUCACUGUGCCCACCUCCCGGGCAGGCACCCCCCCUCUGCCUUCCCGUGCCGGUUCCCCGGGCCCUGCUGCUGCUCCGGCUGGGCCGGCCCAAGCCUUACCGCCCUCGUGCCGGCACUCAGAUGCCUGUGCCCCCACAGAGCUCACUGCGGAGCUCGGGGACAGCACGUCCUCUCUCUCCAGUUCUGACCCAGACCCAGACAGAGUCUGCGCGGCCCCCAGCCCGGGGCCAGACCACGCCUGUGCCGGGAGCAGGUCUGGGCGAGGAGGGGUCCCCCUGGAAAUGGCUUUGAGAUCUUCGUCGACAGAUCACACGCCAGGAACUGUCCCCCCGGCCACAGAGUCUCCUCCAGUCAGUCCUGGAAGCGGGGAACAGGAAACAGGUUCGAGAGAGGAGCUGGCUUGCGCCCCUACCAAUGAGAAACAGGGGCCGCUGUUUGGGGGGAGUGACGGCGACACCACAGAUGAAAAUGGAGCCCACGUAGGUGAGGACGGAUCUGGAGAGGAUCCGCGUGACCCCCCGGGUGAGGUGGGCGGCGAUGUGUCAGGUGCAGUGCCACAGACGCUUGGUGUGAGUACCCCAGCGGGGGGCAUCACAGGCGCUCGGUCCUCGGAGAAUCCUAGAGCAGGAACUGAGCAGAUCUCACCUCCUUCCCCCGGGGCCCCCCAAAGACUCGGCAGAGAAACCCCAGACCAAGCCUGUGAGGCCCCAGAGCAAAAGCUAUUGACUGAGCUGGACCAGACCGCCGUGUGCGCAUCUCCUGUGGAGCGGGUCCAGCCGGAGCCUCUAACCCACGUGGAAGGGCAAGCCACCCACCCUGGGGACGGUCUCCUGCAGAUCUGUCCGAAUCAGAGACCUUCUUUGCCAAAGCUACGCCCACGUCCCCCAGAGCAGCCCCCCUCCGCCAGCCCACAGCCCUGCUUGAGGCCCGAAAACCCUGGCAUCUGCCUUCCCGCCGAGAACUCUUACCUGUGCUCUGCUGCUAAAAGCCACCCGGAGAUUCCUGCGGGUCUCCGCGUGGCCACGCCCCUGGGCUUUGUGGCCAUGAAUGAGUCAGCGGCGGCCCCCCGGGCGGGGCUGGAGCAGUGCAGCUGCCAAUUGUCCUAUGCCACCUGCUUCCGCGGCCUGCAGCUCGACCCGGAGGAGGAAGAGAGGGACCCAGAGGCACACCCCACGGUCCCCCUCACUGCACCGCCUGCUGCGGGCAGCCCGCUGGCCCUCCCCUGGAGGCCGUCCCCGCCCCACAGCUGCAGCCCCGAGCCCCUGCCCAGGAACAGCCAUAUCUGGCCCGAGUACUGCUCCAGGACUCUGCGACAGCUGAAGGCCACUCCCGCCAGCACCCACGAGGGCUUCGCCCACCUCACUGACAGCUUGCAGGAGCUGUGGCACCUUUUGGAAGCUUCCGAGGCCAAUGGCCACAACCAUCCCCCCGAGAAGUGCACGUGGCACUUCUCCGAGAGCCAGAGCCGCCUGUGCAUGGGCUCCCAGAAGCUCCUGUCCAGCUGCCAGCACGUGAUCCGGAUGGACCAGUCCCCCGAGGAGAUGCAGGGCGCACUGCGCGACACCUUCCAGCACCUGGUCCAGCUGGCCGGCCUGUGCCUGCAGCUCACGGACUGCAGCCUCUGCUCCGCCCGGCAUCGGGAGGCGGCGAGCCACCUGAGGGACGUGGUCCACAACUACCACCAGUUUGUGGAGGCCGCUAAGCUGACCUGCGAGAGAGGCUACCAGGACCUGAGCGUGAAGCUCCUGGCCCGCCAGUGCACGGCCCUCACGGGCGCCGUCUUCUGUUUGAACCAGAAGUUCCGGGCGUCCCCGGCCCUGUGACCUCUUCCCACCCAACCCAUGGCCCGGACACUUCCCCGGCCAGCCUCUUCCAUCUCCCUCCCCUUCCAUCCCUCACAUGUUUACCACUUAGAGUAUUCAAAUAAACCGCUGCUUCAUCGUGGCCUCAGUCCUAAGAGUCAUCAGCUUGGGGGCGAGGCUGACACCUUUCCAUAGUCCCGGCAUAGUUCAAUUGCGUUGGUCCACGCUAGGACCUUAGGUCACUCAAGAGGAGUGACCAGGGGAGUGACAAGCCCUGCCUCUGGUCAGGAUGCUCACAAACCCUCUGGUAAGCUAAGAUUGAUGCCAGUCACGGACGAGCCCUAUUAAGAGGGCAGAAGGGAGAGGAAGGCACAAAUGAUCUCAAGGAGGCAGGGUCAAAGGGAGGAAAGCACUGGAAAUAUGCAGUUUUGAAUUCACUUAGCAUGCGAAUUUGACAGUCAUCUCCCAGAGUAGGAGAUAGGGCAUACACUAGACUGUGGUCACCAGCCUGUUUCUCUUGGCUGCUCACGGUCAUAAGCAUAAAUUGCCACUAGGUGGCAGUAGGCCCCCGUGGUAGCUGUUGGAUUUGAAAUUCACUGCACGCCUGAAUUUUGCACCCUAUUUCUGUCAAAAAUAGCUAAAUGGUGAAUAUGAAAAUCUUGAGUUUUACUAACCUUAAAGGAUAAUAUGAGAACAGGAGUUGGAAAGAUAGUGCAGGAAUUAAGGUACAUGCACUCCCUGCAGCCAGCCUUGAUUGGAUCCUAGCACCACAUGGUCCCCUGGGCAUCUCUGGGUACAGCCCUGAAGCCUCCAAGCAUCACCAGGUGUGGGCCUGGAGACCCCCGAGCACCACCAGGGUGUCCCCGAGAUUCCCAGCACUGCAGGGCCUCCGCAGCACCGUUGUUCUCGGGCCUCAUGUGGAGCCAUUGGCCUGUUGUCCAAGUGUCACCUGGAAGGGACCCAAGAUCUGAGCAUUUCUUAGGAGAACUACCCCCUCCACCACCUCGCAAGAAAAGACUAGGAUUAGAGCUAAAGAAACAUAUAGAGGACUGGAGAGAUAGUACAGCAGGCUGGGUGCUUGCUUUAUUUAUUUAUUUUUUUUGUCAACUAAACAUUUCAUUUGAAUUUUUUUAAUUUAAUUGAAGAACUGUGAUUUACAAAGGUUUUGAUAGUUGCAAUUUAUGCAUAUAACGUUUAGUACCAAUCCCCACCGCCAGUGUCAACUUCCUUCUGCCACUGUUCUCAUGUUCCUUCUCACCCUCAAGCCUAUUUUGGCAGGUGUACUUUAAAGUGUUGUGAAUUGUAAACUGGGUCUCAUGUUCUCAUGGGUGCUUGCUUUAUAUGGCCCCAGACCCCUGCCAGGAGUGACCUUGAGUGUCACCUAUGAGGACCUAUGAGGAAGGCCCGAGCACCACCAGGUGUAGCUCAAGAAAACAAACACACAAAUGUAUUCAGUAUCUUUGUCACUAAUUCAGGUUGAGUCAAAGUCUCCUUGUUCAUCUUGGUGGGAUUUUAGACAAUACCACUAAUGAUUUAGAUUUAUCUUAUGUAAAUAGGAAACACAAAUAUUGCUCAUGUUGUAACAUAGAAGUCUAGGAAUUUUUCAAUGUUAAUAAUCCACCCCCCUACACACACACACACACACAAAGUAUAAGGAAGCCUCUCAUACUCUGAUACCUUCCCUGCAUCCUGUUUCAAAAUGUCAGGAAAACAGAUCGCAAGAUAGCCCUGAAAUGCCUCUCCCCAGCUUCCGUGUCCAAAAGGUUUUAUUUCACUACCAGUUUUUUGUCUUUUUGGGUUUUUUUUCUUUUUCAUUUGGGAACAGACCCAGUGGUGGUGCCCAGGGAUUGUUGCAGGCUUUGUGCUCAGGGAUCACUCCUGGUGGGGCUUGGGGGGGCCAUAUACAGUGCCAGAGAUUCAACCCAUGUCAGCCGCAUGUAAGGCAAAUGCCCUACCCUCUGUCCUGUUGCUCCAGUGCUGAGCUGAGAGAGUUCAAACAUAUACCUAGGACUACUCAAGUUCAUUCAAGGGCCCCCCUUGCCUCGCCAGUGCUCCUUCUGUGCUGCCCCCUAAUUCCUCUUCCCUUCCUGGCACCACCAGGGGGACAGCGAUCUCAAAUGAGAAGGAAGCCACACACCAAGAGACAUCCUUUCCACCCCGUCACCAGUUGUUAUUCUACUUAUUUGUUUUUGAAGAGCCGGGAUCAAGCUCAGGGCCUCAUGUACGCAAGGCAAAUGUUGUACCACUGAGCUACAUUCCUGGCCCUCUGCUAGUUUUAACUACUAACUGGUUUGCCAGGACUUAUUCUAGGAAAAGACUGGAUAUUUUUAGAGACCAGUCUAGAAAAAAAGAAAAGACCAGUUUCCUUUUCUUUUCUUUUUUUUUUUUUAUUUUUAUUACUGAAUCACUGUGAGGUACAGUUACAAACUUAUGAACUUUUGUGUUUGCAUUUUGUUUACAUCGCUCCACCAGUGCCCAUUCUCCUCCACCAAUGUUCCCAGUAUCCCUCCCACCCUCCCUCCCCUCCCCUCCACCCCUCCCCACCUCUGUGGCUGGGCAUUCCCUUUUGUUCUCUCUCUCCUUAUGAGUGUUGUUAGAGACCUGUUUCUUUUGGAUAAACUAACAAGGUUCUUGAACACAGAAGUUGUUUCAUGCAACGUAAACUAGUAACAAUAGGAACAACAGUUUGUUUAAAUGUGUGGUAUUAAAAAGGACUUGAGU